AGAUGGAUCCAAGUAGACUUUUGUAAAUAUAUGUACACAAAAUUUAUGUUUGAAAAUUUCAAGUGAAAACUAUGAUUUCCCGUAAGGAAGUUGUGGCCAUAAUGCUUUUACUAACUGCGCUUAUUUGCAUACUGAAUGCUGCUGUCUUUGGCAACAUUCUGCCCACAUAUAUAAGUUACGAGCAGUUGACUUUGCAAUGUGUUAACAUUGGCACGGCCUACAUUUGCCUAUUAUACGCCCUGAGUACUUGGAUGUAUCACUCCAAUAUCUCACGAGUCAGGCUACAGAUGCGUCUAGUGCUUAUUAUCAUGGUGCUAAUCAUGUUUAUGGCCAAUAUGGUGGCUUUUGUUUUUUAUAUGCGUGCUUUAAGCAAGUUCUUUAUGGAAUCCACAGAUACAAGUGAAAUCUUUACCGCCUUCGAUGUUAAAUGCAGGACAAUUACAUUAGUUUUAUCCAUAAUCACUGUUAUACUCCUUUUUAUUGUGGCCAUUACUAUUAGCCUUACGGUGCUAAAGCAGCAACAACGAGCGAGCACCAAAAUUGAAGCACCCAAGGACCGUUCUUAGCUGUGACUUUUAAAGAGCGUUUACCAAUUGAUGUCCUGACUCUCGUUUCUUUUGGACGAGUGACGUUGUUAUAAUGUGCGAGUGCAUAUAAAAUUUGGAGUUUCAUGCUAACUUUUCGUGUCGUUGCAAUGUGGCGCCGGCGUUGCAAUAAUAUAAAUAUUAUGCGGCACAAGCACCACGCACCACGACAUUCUCAGUCCAGGUGAGGACUGUCUGUGCAUUUUCUUUUUGCAGGUGAUAAAAAAAAUGAAAUGGAAUGUGUGAGAAUAAAAUAAUGAUGAUCACCAGAACGAAGAGCAAAUGCUCUUAAACAACUCGGUGUGUGUUCAGUAUGUGAAGUGAAUCAUAUAGAUGAUUGUCGUCUUUGCCUAUUUGUUAUAGCAAACAUAUAAAUUCAGCUCGUAAGCUCAGAGGAGACAUAAAUAUAUCAGUAGAAGCUCCAGUCCCGGCAAGUCAUCGUCUUUAUCAAGUCUGAGAAGCAAAAACUCAUAAUACACACUUACACCCACCCUCACACACACACACAUAUGAGCAUCAUAUAUGUAUUGCAUUUUGCAUAAUGAAAAUGCGCAGACAGAACAAUUUUUCAGUGCCACACAAACGAAGUUAAAUAUCAAGUUAAAGGCUUCUCGAAAAUAACUUUUCAAGCGUGAAAAAGUUAAAGUUAAGUUUUUCACAAAACAGGCGCAACUGAAGUUGGAGGCGGGGCAGAGGGAGGCGGCAAGCUAAUUACGCUCGAAUGGUUUGCCCAUCAAAAGUGACAUUCCGGCAAAGGCAGCCAAACUCAAGACAUCGCAGGGCAAGGGCUUACAAUAAAAUUUCCAGUUAAAUUAUUGCCGCGCCGCUGCCAAAAACAACGCAGAAAACUGACUCGAAAGUAAUUCGAAAUUUAAUUGCGUAUAAUUUAGAAUGGCGAAAUGUUUGCGUGCGUUUAAUUAACUGAAAAAUAAAACAAACGAACCCAAAAACAGAAGAACAAAAAAAAAAAACCCGAAAGCAGAAGUAAGCCAAAUGGCAGCAGCAACUGCCGGAAAUAAAACAUUUCCAAGGGACUGAUUUAACCCUGGACAAUGACGAAGUGUCUAUGCCUUUGACUAAAUUGGAAACAAUAAAACUAAACAAAUUCAACUAAACUUUAAAGUAAAAGUACUAAUUUUUAUGAUGA